AAAAGAAGUGCAAGAGCUUCCUCUAGUGCCCGAUGACCUCUCCCACCUCCUCCUGUCUCCAAGAAGGAACCAUGUGUGAGGUCAACAAGACAGCUGAUGCUGCUAAUAAGUCCCAUUUGGUGCCCUUGGUGGUGGUGCUGAGCAGCAUCUCCCUUGUCACAGUGGGGCUCAAUCUCCUGGUACUCUAUGCAGUGAGGACAGAGAAGAAACUGCACACUGUGGGUAACCUGUAUAUCAUUAGCCUCUCCGUAGCUGAUCUGAUUGUGGGUGCCGCUGUCAUGCCCUUGAAUAUUGUAUAUCUCUUUAGGUCUCUAGACAGACCCCUCUGCCUCUUCUGGCUCUCCAUGGACUAUGUGGCAAGCACCGCCUCCAUCUUUAGCGUCUUUAUUCUUUGCAUUGACCGCUAUCGGUCUGUCCAGCAACCUCUCAAGUACCUACGGUAUCGCACCAAGACCAGAGCGAUAGUCACCAUCUUGGUCACCUGGUUCCUGGCCUCCCUGUGGAUCAUCCCUAUUCUGGGAUGGAGAAGCUUUUGGCCAGAAACUAACAUGAGUGACCAAUAUGACAACAAGACCUCUGGGGACAAGUGUGAGACAGACUUUUACAAGGUCACUUGGUUCAAGGUGAUGACUGCCAUCAUCAACUUCUACCUGCCCACCUUGCUGAUGCUCUGGUUCUAUUCCAAGAUUUACAGGGCUGUCCGACAGCAUUGCCAGCACCGAGAAUUCAUCAACGCGUCCUUCCCAUCUUUCUCAGAUGGCGUCGUGAGUCACAAAAAGCACAAGAUCUGCCUCCCAAAGCAGGAGAAAGAUGCCAACCUGGAGACUUUGAAAAGAAAGCCAGAAGGCACCUACUAUCCCAUCAGUAACAGCAUUCCCACCAAGGCCCAGGACUCAGCAAAGAAGUCUCCUCCAGAGGAGAAGAGCCCUCCAGGUUUUGAACAAGCGGAUGAGGAAGUAGCGGUCAAAGACCGCUACUUCCCUAUUGACGUUGCACAGCCUCAGUCUGGGAUGGUGGAGACUGGAAGAUACAUGUCCAUCCACCAGAAACAACCAGACCCCAAGGAGCUGUCCCCGGCCAUUCAAUAUGCCAGUGAAACAUCUGAGGAGACCAUAUUUGCUGAAGCAUCCUCCCCCGCAACAGACUCAAGUGCUGUUGCUGGAUCAGCCGCAGCCGUGUCUGCUGAAGACCAGGCCAAGACCAAAGCGACCUUUGGCCUGGAUUACCUGACAUUUACCUGGAAGAGGCUUCGCUCCCACUCCAGACAAUACGUAAAGGGUGUGCACAUGAACCGGGAGCGGAAAGCCGCCAAACAGCUGGGCUGCAUCAUGGCGGCCUUCAUCCUCUGCUGGAUCCCAUACUUCAUCUUUUUCAUGGUCAUUGCUUACUGCACAAAAUGCUGCAAUGAACAUGUCCAGAUGUUCACCAUGUGGCUGGGCUACAUCAACUCCACCCUGAACCCCCUUAUUUACCCCCUCUGCAAUGAGAACUUCAGGAAAGCUUUCAAAAAGAUUUUCCGUAUUCGCUCCUAAAGGGAAACUUCAGGGGUGGGGUGUAGAGAUGAAAAUGACAUCGAAGGAAGAAACAAAUGAGAGCAGAAGGACUGCUAGGAUUUCCAGAGUACCCAAACUUUCCGGGGUUUCAAGAAGAAGUGCAUGGCUAGAAGUCUUGGAAGUCCCCUAUUCCUCAUUGGAGGCAGUGCAGAGGAGUGGAUGAAAUUGGACUGGAGUGGAAUUGAAAACAGAGAUUUAAAAAUUCACAGUUUUUCAAGCAAAGCCCCUGCCGGGCUCCUGACCCAUCCAGGGCUUCCAAGAAGUUCCAGGAUUUUGACUAUGGCUAUGGUAUUUGGGAGGUUACAUGCCUUGGUUGCUAUGGGCUCAAACUCAAGUGGAGAGAUGACCAGAACCCUAGAGGAGCCCAGAGAUGUAUAAAGACAGGCUCAGGGCAUGACUGGGAUAUAAUCACACUGAGUGUUAGUUAAUACAAAUGUGCUGGAACUUGUAUAGCUGCAUCAGAAUUGUUGCUUCACCUGAGGAGGCAACAUCUAUAUCCUCCAGAGGCUGCGGUCUCUCGGACAAUUUAGAGACUUCUCUUGGGGAGUUGCCGGAUGAUCUCUAAGAUCCCUUCCAUCUGGGAAUCUAUGAUCCUCUUUAACUAGUUUACAAGCCAGGCAAAAAAAAAAUAGAUUAGUGGUAUAAUUUUAACAUCAUAUGUAGCUCUCAAUCCCACACCUGUCCCCUUCCCACAUAAAAUACCAGGAUUCCCCAGCUUGGUUUCAGAAUUGACUCAAAAAAAAAAAAAAAAAAAAAGAAUUGACUCCAAAUGGCUUUUGGCUGUCUCCACAAAACAAAAUCUACUUUAGGCUAAUAAUAAUAAUAAUAAUUGAUAGCUCUUUAGCCUUUUAAAGAUUACAAAGCAC